AUGGAUAAUGCACCGUAUCAUUCUGUACAAAAAAGUAAGCCUCCAACUUCCAGCAGCAAAAAAGCCGAUGUUGUGAAAUGGCUGAAUGACAAUAAUAUUGUUGCUGACAUGUCCAUGUUAAAAGUUGAGCUGCUGCAUUUGGUUGCUAUAAAUAAGCCAGCUAGACCAAAAUACGUAUUAGACGAAAUGGCUAAGGAAGCCGGACACAAUGUAAUGCGCCUUCCACCCUACCAUUGUCAAUACAACGCCAUAGAAUUGAUUUGGGCGUAA